GCAUGGAUCUUCACCUUCGAGCAUUUUGGCGUGCAACUGAAUGGAAAAAACGUUUCCACGCAGCUAAUGUCUUUUUAACUGGCGUAACAGGCUUUCUUGGUUCCCAUUUAUUAGCUCAAUUACUAUCCUCUUCAAAAACAAAAAUAACUUGUCUUAUUAGAGAAUCAUCAAAUAAUAGUAAUGAAACUGUUGAAGAAAGGCUUUUGUCCACAAUGAAAAGGAAUGGGUUAUUUAAUGAAAAAAUUGGAGAAGAAAAUUUUAGAGAACAAGUACGUGUUGUUUCUGGUGAUAUUGCGCUAGUUCAGUUUGGUUUGUCUGAUGAGGUGAUUUAUGGAAAAUAUUUUUUUUAAUGGUUUAGUGUCAUUUGCGGAUAAACCUUUGCGGACAAAAUUAUUUUUUGCAGACAAAAUUAGUCUUCUAUACCCAAGACUUG